AGCAAAUUACGCCAACUAAUGUUGAGUUGCUAGGAUGUCUCAACGGCCCUGAGGGAAACAGCUCUUUCCCUCUGUGUCCGGAAGACUUCGAUCCCCCAUAUCCAGCCGAGCCGUGGUUUCACAUACCGUGACCACGCUGGCGUUCGGCCGCGCCAUGGUGCAGAUCCAGAGCUGGGGGCUUGCGAGAAGACGAGUCGGGUCGGCGGGCGCGGCCCGGAUAGCAAGAACUCUGAUUGGCUCGGUGCUUCCCGCAUACUGUCGGUCUGGCGUUCUCCUGGCCCAGGAACACUGCUUGACUCCGCAGGCAAUGGUGAAUCGUGCUCUGACCGCUGGAUAUUACCGUAGCAGACUUCGCUCCAGUCCCACGGGCCGCGGUAGUGUGUCCCCGCACUGUCUGAGAGCCCUAGGGUCAGAAUGCUGGGCCGAGAAGAUUUUCCCUAGUCUAUUUGGUGGCGGUACAUGGGGUGCAGGAAGGUCACGAUCAAACAGCUGUUCAUCAGUACCAUUAGGGGGGCUCACAGUCCCUUCAGCACGCGGUCGCCAAGCUCAGCUCCAGGGGCCCUCGUCCCCCCUUUUAGGGGGUCCCGGUAAAUACCCUGCGACCCGACAGCCCCUGUAUUACCCAGACAUUUGGCCGCGACUUUCGUACAUGUGCACAGACUGUGGAGAGGAAAAGCAAAUCAUGCACAGACAUGCGACCCCAAACCACCAAGUCUGUCAAGAUCCAUUAAUAUAUCUGUAGAGACUUGCACCCUGUCGUCCUUACUGCAGUCUGCGAUUUCAUCAUUCUUUUGUUGACUUCAAGAUGGAUUCCAUGCCUCGCAGCGAUCUGCCAGCCGGGAACUUGCAACCAAAUCUCUAUGCUGCGGUCAUUGCCACGCCUAUCCUAGCAAUUAUGGUCGUUGCUUUGCGUUUCAUUUCGAAAAGACUUGUUCACUCCACGAUGUGGCUCGACGAUUGGUUGACCCUUGUAGCUCUGGUGCGCUACUCCCCCAUCCAAGAGCCCCCAAUUCUCGAUAAUAACGUCGCUUCAAGUUUAUGACAAUCGG